AGAGAGGGAGAGAGAGAGUAUUGAAAUGAGAUAUAUCAAUCCCCCUCUCUUCCUCCCUCCCUCCUCUCCUAACCCCCCUUUUUUCUUACGUCGUUGAUAGCGCAUUGGGGGCCCCCCUAUGCCGGCGGAGUCCCAGGCUAUAUAAGUUACCGGCGAGCAGAGUCAACCCACCAGAUACACGGGCUCCCGAUAUCUGGGCGAGAGACGGCGACCCGCCGCCGACUGACUCACACUCUGUAUCGGGGGAGAGAAAGAUCAAACCGCCGGCCGGCCGACCGAGCCAUGCGCUGGGGCGGACUGUAGAGCAGUACCACCGAACCAGAAGAACGGAUUCUGGAAUCUUAAAGACUUUUAAAUUCCCAUAGAAAAGCAACACAGUAUCAAGCAGUUAUUAGAACUGGCGCAAAUAGACAACACUAGCUACUUUAGGCAGUAACAUUCAACAGAUUCCGAACGUGAAACCUUCUUUUCUACUCUGGCUACAAUGUAUCGAUCAACGAAGGGAGCGUCUAAGGCUAGGAGGGACCAAAUUAAUGCAGAGAUUCGGAAUCUGAAGGACCUGCUGCCGAUCUCCGAUGCGGACAAAGCUCGACUGUCCUACCUGCACAUCAUGUCGCUUGCCUGCAUGUACACGAGGAAAUCGGUCUUCUUCUCUCAAGAAGCCGCUGUGGCUGGUUGUCAUGAAGAGAGCGCUAAAUUUCUGUCCUUCCAGGACAUAUCAGAGCUGGUACAGGACAUGCCAGGGUUCUUACUUCUGUUGACUGGUGAGGGCAAACUGCUCUACUUGUCUGACAGCGUCGCCGAACAUCUCGGGCAUUCAAUGGUGGACCUGGUUGCCCAGGGUGACAGCGUGUAUGAUAUCAUUGAUCCUAUCGACCACUUUGUCAUGAGAAGCAACCUUGUACCUUUGACUUCACCCGACACUGAGCGUUUGUUUCGGUGCCGCUUCAACACUUCAAAGUCGGUCCGCAGACAGAGCGCCGGAAACAAGCUGGUGCUGAUCCGGGCGCGGUGCCUCUCCCCGCCUUUCCCCGCCUCCUCGCCCGCCUCUUAUUGGACCUCCAACCCAGUGUGGGUGUGUUUCUGCUCCCCAUUGGAGCCCCACCCACCCAGCCCCGUUCCCAUGGGAGAGUCCAUUCUAACCCCACCCGCUGACCACACCUUCUUCCUGGCCUGCUUCCACUCCCAACACAGUCGGGACAUGAGACUGCAAGAGGCGCAGGACAGUGUGAGUGUGUACCUGGGGUUCGACGCGGCAGCCCUGCGCUCCCGCUCCUGGUACAGCCUGCUGCACCCGCAGGACCUCUCACACGCCUCGGCUCAGCACUGCAGCCUGCUCCGUGAAGGAGGAGAAGGGCGAGUGGAGAUGGUGGUGAGGGUGGAGGCAGCCGACAGCUCCUGGGUGUGGCUCUACAUGGUCCUGCAGCUGGAGGCGGGCAAACACCCCAUCAGCAGCCACAACUACGUCAUCAGUGAAUCAGAGGCCUGGUCCGUGCGGCAGCAGCUGUGCUCAGAGCAGACCAAGCUCACCCUGACCCUGAGCUCCACCUCCACAUAUCAGGACAGCCUGAGCCUGCAGUCCCCGGACACGCUGUCCAGCCCCGACCAGGUCUUCACCCCGGGCAGCAGCGGCCUGUCCGUCCAGUCCUUCGACUUCAGCGUCAGCGUGUGUGGCACCGGCUCCUCCGAGGAGCUGGGGGGCACCACUGGGGAGUCCUCCCAAAUGGAGUGCGACCCCCGGUCCAGCCUCUCUUCGCUGGAGGAGGAGGGCCUCUUUCAGCAGCCGCACUCCGCAGGCCCGGCUCCAAGCCCCGCCUCCUCUACUUCCUCCACUCCUGUGACUGUUGCUACCGUGUCCGACCUGGACUUUCUCACACAGAACAUCUUCCUUCCCCCGUCCUUCCCCCUCGACCCUCCCCUGCCUACCCUGCCGCUGCCUCUCCCCCCCAUCUCCACAUCCAACCCCCAGCAGGGGAAGGAGAUCGUUUGUACUCCCCCUUACACCCCCCAGCUCAGCGGGGGGAGCUUCCUGUUCGGGGAGCCGCUUUUUAGUUUAGAUCCCGCUGGCACCACUUCCCCGUUGUUUCCAGCCACCGGUCCCUCUGCCGAUUCUCCCCCCGCCCCCCCUGUGACUGCCACAGGCAGCCCCCCUGCCCCCAUGACUCAGUCCACGCUCCUCCAUCUGAGCCUUUCCCCGCCCUCCUCUGAGCUGCUCUUCCCCGGGGAGCCCUGCAGUGGGGGCCUGUACGAGAAACUGCCCCCCACCCCCGACAGCCCCGGGGAUGGCGACUGCACCGUCAUGACCCUGCCCGAGGUCCGGGGGCCGCUGUACGUAGACGUGCCCCUGGGCCCCCUCCCCUACCCCCCGGACGGUCUCCUGACCCCGGAGGCUUCGCCCGGAAAGCAGUCCGGCAUGUCCUUCUUCUCCCUGGAGAGAGAAAGAGAGAAAGAGAGAGCUGAGAUAUCGCUCUUAGUCCAGCACCUCAGCUCGUUAGCGGAAGGGUUCUACGCUGACCCUCUCCUCCCGAAGUUCUCCCCCUCCACCGUUUCCUCGUCCCCUUCCUCCCCCACGCUCUCCCCAUCCCUCCCUGUCGCUGACCCAGUUGUGGAUUCCACCCCAAUGAUGGAGGAAUUCUAUCCCAUCAAGUCCUGGAGAGGCCUGGAUCUCCCCCUCCUUCCCGAUGACAUCUCUCUGUUUGAAGAGAGUCUCUUAGAAACCCUCCUCCAGGACCUCUCCACCUCCUCCUCAACUCCCUCUCCUUGCCCUUCUUCCCCGACUCCCUCGUGCCCCCCGCCCUCUCCCCCCACCCCGGUGUACUGGCACCCCCCCUCCCACACUGAAGGGGGCUCCACCGUGGGCCUCAGCCACUUCUGUAGCGUCCAAUCGGCGCACUGUAACUGCACGGCCGGGGGUGGGGUGACAGCGGUCGCCGACGCAGGCGUGGCGGGAGAAGGGGGAGCGGAGGCGGCGGGAGGGAUGGAGAUGGAGGUUUCCUCCUCUUCCUCAAUCCCAGAAUGCCCCCCUCUGCUCAUAACCGCCUCCCCCGCGACCAGCCCCGCCGCGCCCGUCAGCCCCGCCGCCCUCGGCCUGCCUUGCGCCCAGUCCCUCCUGGAGGAGCUGGCCGCCCUGGAACCCGUGUUUGGGGCAGGUGCCUCGAUCGCCCCUGACCUGGGGCAACAACCUGAGUUGUAUCAACUCCAACGUCACCCGCCGCAACAGUACUUCCAUGAAGAUGGGAGUGGAAGUGAUCCUCCGUUCUAAAAUAAGUCUGUGACUUACUUCAUUAAGUAUGGCAUAUUGUCAUAUUUCGUGGAGCUACUUUUACUGAAAAGUGAAGAAUAUUUACUGUAUAAAUAUAUACAUAAUGUAUAUAAAAACCAAACGGACAAUUAUUUAUCUACCGUGAUGUCUGACGAACAAAGAUUGUCUUCUUAUUUUGUUGAUUUAUUUAUCCAUGUAUUUAUAUUUCAAUUAUGGUGCAACAUAAUGGCUGUGCGGAUCAGGCCGUGGCCUGGGUUUCAGCUCAGUCCGUGUCCCAUUGCGUUUCUGUGACGAGCUUUCGUUUCGAGCAGAGACAGAGAAUGAGAACUCUGACCAUGUAAGCGCAAUUCAACUUACAGAUGCACUUGUAUUCACUUGUAGUGAGGAACUUCUAGUACGAACUUUUAAGACAAAAAAAAAACGCUUUUCCUUGCUUGUGAAAAAAACAAUAUCACCGGUUUAACUGCUCAAAGCUUGUGACGCAGCGAUACAAACACAAAGCACAAAAGUUCUAGAGGAUAGUAAUUGAUCUUAACAAACCCUCAUCGGGCAGCUAGCCGCAACAGCCCUGCUUGCUUCAGUGGGACUGUCAAUCGGUGUGCCCAUCCCUCACUCAAAAACUUGAUGCCGCUGUCAAAAUGCACAAAUAUCGCAACCAGCUUUCGUACCUGUAUGCAAAUUCAAACUUAAUCUGAUACUUCAAAGGCUUUUGAGCUUUGAGUUUGUGGCUGCAGCUUUUCAACAUUUGACUUACGGUUACUUAUUCAUUUCAGACUCGUUUAUCAAUGUGCUGUACAAAUGUUUCUAGAUACGUGGAGUACAUGUACCAGUAUGUAUUGAAGGAAAGGGGAGGCGCCACAUGUUUUACACCGCAGUGGAAACCUAUGAGAGCCUCUCCCUUUCAUAUACAUUUUUUUGUAAAAUGGAGAAUGACGUUACCUAGCCUGCGUGCAGUUUUGCAAAGCACGCGUUGCUAGGGAAACGCCCUGUACAUUAUUGCUUCUGUGUCCGGCGUCCGAGGAGCCGAGUUCAUGGCCCUCCGGCGGUAAGUCCAACGGGACGGGGUAGAUGUGGCUGCUACGGAUUAUUGCGACAUUGAAUAUUCGCAAUACUCGCGAUGUCUAGCGGCUCCCAUUGGCCCAGCAACCCACGACUUAUGGAAUUCUAUUUAUUAUCUAACUAUAGUGCCCAUUGGGAAACACGCAACAACGUGACGCCAUACAGUGAUCCAGUGAGAACCUCGAUAACACUGCAGGUGGCUUACUGUGUAAGGCGUCUCGGUCUGGCAACAGGUGUCUGAAUGUACGAGUGAUUCUUCUUUUUAAAGAGGGGAAAUAUCCAAAGUCACAAGAAGUUUUGUUUUAAAAAAUGAGCUGGAAAAAAUAGGGAUGGGUACUAUUUCUAUUUAGUUAUUAAGCGACACGGGUUGAGAAUGGUUCUAUUCCCAUGGUGUCGACACGCUAACGUAGAGUUGUCUACGGUAAAGUAAAGGAUUGAUUCCUACGUUCUAUCUAUUUAACUGAUAAAGUGUUUAAAAGUAUAAUAUUAAUAAUAAUGUGUGAAUUGAAAAAUGAAUGCUGUUCAAUCAACUUGCAUAUUUCUUAUUUCUAUUGAUAUGUGUAUAUGAUGUAUAGCGAUUAACAUUGUGGAAUGAAAAGAUUGUACAAAUUUGUAUAUUUAUAUAAAUAUAUCUGUACAAAGAAAUAUUUAUACUACAAGAACAAUACAUACAUGAGAUAUGCUAUUUAAUAAGAAUGGACAUUGUGGAUCAGUGUUCUCUUGUGUUGCUGAUAAGUGUAUUUGGUUGUCAAAUGCAUUUAUAUUAAAGUGCACUUAAGAAA